AUUUAUGGGAGCCCAAAGCCCUCCAAUGAUGACCAGCCCGCAUGGCUAUAGUGAAGCGCUCAAACGAAAUCUUCAGGGUAUGAUGGAAGAUUGCAAUUUGUCGUACAUGUCCGGUGAAGAUCAUAUGAUGCAAACUGACGAGUAUCCAUCAUCUCAUGAAGAUUACAGUCGUCCUCCCAUAAUGAAUGGAUACGGUAGCAGCAGUUCAUCUCAUGACGUGAAAGCGGAAGAUUUAAGUGCAUCUGACGCACAGGACAUCAAGCCGAAUAUAUACGCGCUCAAGAAUGAGAUGCAAGCUUCUGAUUAUUCCAAUAAAGGCGAUUACGCAAAUUCCAACAAGGAGUCUUCAAGCAAUAGAUCUGGCGAGACGAGCCCCUACGACGACUACCCUCGUUCUGAGGAUAGAUACAGAGCCUCCAUAUCUCACAUCAAGGACGAAGCCGAGAAUCUAUCCCUCAACGAGCAAAGAUCUGAUAAAUAAACUGGCCGAAACCAGUUCGAACCAGUUAAGUGUUGCGAAAAGUGGUUAUAUCCGGUUAUUAAAACCGUGCUAUCGAUGGAUUGUAUUAAAAACGCAAUGUGAGUCGUGAUUUUUUUGCGUAAUA